AUGCGUAUACCUGUGGUCUUACUGGUGGCUCUCCAAUGCUGCUGCACGUUGGUAGUGGGGCUUUACCCAGUGACAGAUUUUCGUUCUCAAACAAUCGUGUCCAUAGGCAAACACGAUUUACAACAGGACCCACAGACAAAUCAAAAGGAAGUCCAGGAGCUCGGGUCUGUCGUCGCUAAGUCAUACGAACCCGUACUGAAGGAUGAACUGACAUCAUGGCCCGUGAUUGACCUCAAUGGUACAACCGUAAUCCUUUCAACCGACAACUCAAAAUCCAUCCUAUACCUCAACACAACUAUCACCUCAAAUUCAUCCUCAGAAGAGCACAUAUACCCGCUCUUAUUGGACACCGGUAGUUCCAUGUCAUGGAUAUACGACGAGAGUUGUACCUCAGGUGCAUGCUCUCAUUCGUCAAUUGCAAAAUUUAGCUUCCCAUUGUCAACUUCUACUUCAUAUUCAAAGUUCCUGUUGGCAUACAUGGGUGACAUUGUUUCUGGAUCCGUAUUGGAUACCUCGGGCCCAGCCCCCAACAACUUGCAGGUCAGUGUAGGUGGCGGUCUCUCGUUAUCCAACUACUCGCUUGGGUUGGCCCAAGACGCCCCUUCCAUUUUUGACGAUUUUGCAAUCAGUGGGAUUGUGGGGAUCCCAGCUACUUACUCGGGGAACAGCAAUUUGAUCCACCAACUCUACAGCUCUGGUGUUAUUGAACACCAACAGUUUCUGAUCUUAUUGGCACCCAAUGAUACAAACAUUCAAAUUGAAGAUGUAGAUGGAGCUAGAUCUCUGGUGCCAUCAAACUUUGGAGGAAUCCUUUCUUUUGGAUCUGAAAUCCCUGAGUUCCAAAGCUCAGAAACUGAGUAUGUGCCAUUACAAAAAAAUAAGGGACAAUAUUGGUUAGUUGGCAUUGAAAAUGUCUUUUUGCAUAACUCGUCUGCCACAACACAACUUGUAAAUUCAUACCAAAGAAGUGCUCUCAUCGAUACAGGAACGACCGGGAUCGUAUUCCCCAUGAAGGAUUCAGACACCGUGCUUGCUCAGCUCUUUGGAUCACUGGUUGUAUCUGAUGGACAGGGGAACUAUGCAUUCCCAUGUGCUGAGAGUAAUUCUGCCACCGUCACUUUUGACAUGGGACUGGGCAUUCUUCUCAACAUUUCUUCGUCUUCCUUUGUUGGAGACGAGUACACCACCCAAGGUCUUGAAGGUUAUUGUGCUUCCAAGAUUCAAGGGACACCCAAUGCUCUGUAUUGGGUAUUGGGGGCUGCAUUCUUACGUGAAUACUACACUACAUUUGACUUGGAUAAUAAAAGAGUUGGAUUUGCCAAGGCUAACAUGUCUAACUUUGUUCUAAAAGAAUCUACUAAACCAACGUUAGCAUCAAACUCUACCGAAUCAAGCUCACCUUCUGCAACAUUUGUUAGUUCACCAACUAAAAAUCAUAGCAAUGGAAAUGAUACAAAUACUACAGCCACCAGCACUUCUGCAUCAUCCCGCACAGGGAGUGCCAAUAUUGCCAACUCCACCCAUAAUAGCAGUCAUAUCGUUACUGGACUUUUCAUAUUCAUUUGUCUAUUUGUAUAG